AUGUCACAAGCCCAGAUCCAACCGUGUCGCUAUAAGACUGGCAAGACGCUUGGCGCUGGCUCCUACUCGGUCGUCAAGGAGUGCGUCCACAUCGAUACAGGACGCUACUAUGCCGCAAAGGUCAUCAACAAGCGCCUCAUGGCUGGCCGUGAGCACAUGGUGCGCAACGAGAUCGCCGUCCUCAAGCGCGUCUCAAUGGGUCACCAGAACAUCCUCACCCUGGUCGACUACUUUGAGACCAUGAACAACCUGUACCUGGUCACCGACCUGGCCCUGGGUGGAGAGCUCUUCGACCGCAUCUGUCGUAAAGGCUCAUACUACGAGAGCGACGCUGCAGAUCUUAUCCGUGCCACUCUAUCCGCUGUCGCAUACCUCCACGACCACGGCAUCGUCCACCGCGAUCUCAAGCCCGAGAACCUGCUGUUCCGCACCCCCGAAGACAAUGCCGACCUCAUGAUUGCCGACUUUGGCUUGUCUCGUAUCAUGGACGAGGAGCAGUUCCACGUCUUGACCACGACCUGCGGCACUCCCGGCUACAUGGCUCCCGAGAUCUUCAACAAGAGCGGUCACGGCAAGCCAGUUGAUGUGUGGGCCAUUGGCGUCAUCACCUACUUCCUCCUCUGCGGUUAUACCCCAUUCGACCGCGACAGCAAUCUCGAAGAGAUGCAGGCCAUCCUCGUCGCCGACUACUCCUUUACCCCCCUCGAAUACUGGCGCGGCGUGUCGCUGUCUGCCCGAGCCUUUAUCAAGCGCUGUCUGACGAUCGACCCCACGAAACGCAUGACAGCCCACGAAGCCUUAAGCCACGACUGGAUCGCUGGCCCUGCACAAGAAAGAGGCAACGAGGAUCUGCUGCCCACCGUCAAGAAGAACUUCAAUGCCAGAAGGACCCUACACAAAGCCAUCGACACUGUUCGCGCUAUCAACCAACUCAGAGCUGGUGGCGGCAUGGGCAUGAUGGAUGGCGCUCAUACCCACAAGCCCGAACGUGUCGACACUGCCGCACCAAAAGACAAGGACGGCGACGUCGACAUGGACUCAAAGCCCAAAAGCCAAACUGCCACUGCUGCUUGA